GCCGCGAGGAUAAUGGAGCAGCACCCACACCAGAAGCCAGUUUGGAGGAACUCCCCCUUCAGCACCUUGGACAGAGGCAGAGCUGCUCCCCGAGGCUUUUUAUUGGAAGUGGAAAAGCGCAGGCUCGCAGUCCGGUCAGCUGACGCCGCUCACGCUCAGACACUUUUCGCUGCCAACCCAGCCAUCAUCCGGGUUUUAGCAACAGAGCCCAACGGGUUACUUCAUGAAUAUUGAAAAAUCUCGCUCUGAUCGGCCGACGAAAGGGAAAGCAAAACCAGAUAAUUUUCCUCUUCUUGUUCCUUUUUUUGACUAUAUUUUUUCCUCCUACAAGCGAAAAGACUUUUGCUCAAUAUCAAGAGGAUACGCCUCUAAGAGCUGUAAUUGCUCACCUCCGCAGAUUUUCUAAAGUUUUAAUUAGUUUAUUGUUGAUUUUAUGUUUUUAUACAUUUAAAAUCAAAGAUCUUGGUAUUUUAUUCAAAAAUGCUACUUGAACACCCAGGGUCAAGCUUUCAAAAUACUGGAAAUUUCCCCCGAUACAGUUCGGGCCAAGAGAUCCCAAUGUGCGCUGGUUGCAAUCAGCACAUCGUGGACCGCUUUAUCCUAAAGGUGCUGGACCGCCACUGGCACAGCAAGUGCCUGAAGUGCAGCGACUGUCAGGCGCAGCUGGCGGACAAGUGCUUCAGCAGGGGCGACAACGUCUACUGCAAAGACGACUUCUUUAAGAGGUUCGGCACUAAAUGCGCGGCCUGCCAGCAGGGAAUCCCGCCCACACAGGUGGUGAGGAGAGCGCAGGACUUUGUCUACCACCUCCACUGUUUUGCUUGCAUCGUGUGCAAAAGGCAGCUGGCCACCGGUGACGAGUACUAUCUGAUGGAGGACAGCAGGCUGGUCUGCAAGGCCGACUAUGAGACCGCAAAGCAGAGAGAAGCAGACUCCACGGCGAAAAGGCCCCGGACCACCAUUACGGCUAAACAACUGGAGACGCUGAAGAAUGCCUACAACAAUUCUCCAAAACCAGCCCGCCACGUCCGAGAGCAGCUGUCAUCAGAGACUGGUCUAGAUAUGCGGGUUGUGCAGGUUUGGUUUCAGAACAGACGAGCGAAAGAAAAACGGCUGAAGAAGGAUGCUGGGAGGCAAAGGUGGGGUCAGUAUUUCCGCAACAUGAAGAGGUCACGAGGAAGCUCCAAGUCUGACAAAGACAGCAUCCAGGAGGAGGGCAUGGACAGCGAUGCAGAGGUGUCCUUCACAGAUGAGCCUCCCAUGUCAGAGCUUGGCCACACAAACAGCCUUUACAGUAGCCUGAGCGAGUCCUCGCCCGUUGUCGGGGGAUGCCCAGCUGGCAACAACCACAGCUCCUUCCCUCUAGACCAUGCAGCGCUUCCCUCCCAGGACCAGUUUCACGACAUUCGUUCCAGCAGCCCCUAUGGUCUCCCUCAGUCACCAGGAUCCCUGCAUGCCCUGCCGAGACACCAGCCUCUGAUCACUAGCCUCGUUUAUCCCGACUCAGGCAUUUCCAUCAUGACCCAGAGCGGCGGAACCGGCAUCAACCCCUCUGUGAGAGUUUCCAUGGGGGCAGCUAACGGCCCCAGCUCGGACCUCUCCACUGGCAGCAGUGGCGGCUACCCGGAUUUUCCUGCGAGUCCAGCAUCUUGGUUAGAUGAGGUGGAUCAUGGGCAGUUUUGAUUUUGUAAGAGAGAAACUUGACUCUUUUGUUUUUAUUGAGUUUUUUUUUGUGUUCUGUUGGACUGAAGAAAUGCAGGAGAAAUACAAAGGGCAGUGUUUGUGUGUUGUAGCAAAACACUAACUUUUUUUUAAGCAUAAAUAAUAUAAAAAGAAAAAAAAAAGCUGCCCCUCAUUUAAACCACUGGAUCUUAUUUACUCACAGUCUGUUUGCAAAUCACCAGAUGUCAUUCUGAGCUCUUUCUAAGCAAAAUAGAUAAGGGUAGUCAAAGUUUAAAUGAUAAUAAUUUGUAUCUUUCUUUUCUCCAAAUCUCCAAUUUCUCUUAUUUAACUUCAGCAUGAUCAGGGAAAAGUUUAGUUCAGUGUGCAGCAUCUUUAAAGGUCUGGUUAUUGCCAAAUGUCUGUAUAUAAAUAGAUAAAUAAACAUAUAUAUAUAUGGUUUAUCAAUGUGGAGACUUUAUUUUUAUACAAAUCAGUUCUUGGACUUGGAAAACAAAAGCCAGGCAUGAGGACUUUGUACAUUCCUGAGGAGCAGUCUAGACUAAAAUGUAGAUGUCGUCUUAAAACGGUACCUUGAGGUCCUAUAACUUCUAUGCAUUCGUGUGCUCUCAGAUGUGUCUUGUUUUUUUUGUCAUACUUAAAACCCCCUUAAGAGAUGAACUGUAGGAAACUGGGAUCGGGCUUUUGAGGGUGGUGAUGUUAAUGUUUUUUGUGUGGAAGAUGUUUUGUGUAUUAUUUAUUCCCUAUGGUAAUGCUGAUGAUUCAUAAAUAAACAGCAGGACUUUAAUAAAUUUCUCACAUUA